AUGGCUCCCUAUCCUCUCGCUACAAUCUAUCUCGACCAUUGAUUUACAAUCUUCCUUUUCAGUUUUCAAAUCAAUAGCUCAAUUUAAGUUAAGUUUGCUGGGAUUGUUUAUUUAUUUCAGUGUAUAUAUAUAUUUGCUUGUUCUCAGAUUCCUCCAGAAAAAGCGUCUUCCAGAUCCGCGUUUGUUUCUCUCUUGACUCAAUGUUCCAAAAACUUGGGUUUUCCGAAAAGCUUCAGCUAGGCAAGCAAUUUUAUUGUAAAUUUGUUUGUUAAUUAAAAGGUUUUAUUACGAAUCUGAAAGCGUGAUGUUGUACGACCCUUCGCUUAUUUUAGCCCAAAUUGUUUGCCUUCAAUGUUUAUACUACCUUACACUUGGAGCUUUCUCGUCCUUUCUUGUGGGCUCUCGAGCAUCUCGUAUGAGUUUGGUCUAUCUCUUUGACUUUGUUACUGUUACUGCCUCUACCGUUACCGGCUGGUUUGCCAUUGCUGCCUUUUUUCUCACCUCUAUUUCGGGAUCUGUCUACAUGCUUUAUUUGAUUGAAAGGGAAAAGAAAUGCUUAGAUUUUGCAGCCACCCUCUAUAUUAUCUAUCUUUCUAUAUGCACCAUAUAUGGAGGUUGGCCCUCCUCGGUAACAUGGUGGGUUGUCAAUGUUACUGGAUUUGCAGUGAUGGCUUUGCUGGGUGAAUACUUAUGCAUUAGACGGGAAAUGAGAGAGAUUCCCAUAACACGAUAUGGUUGAGGAAAUCGAAAGAGCUUGGAUAAUAAACAUGAUGGAAAGCAAGUGUUUCGGAGUUCUGCACAUGAUGGAAAGCAGCCAUAAAGCUUGGGAUAUUGGUGCUUAAAAGUAAAUCAUAUAUGCAGCUGAGCUUACAAGGUAAGGUAUUUGUAGAGGAAGAUCUAAAUAUAUAAUUGAAAGUUACAAAGUUGAUAGUGUGUCUGAUACUAUUCUCUGACUUUAUCUGUGCAUAGUUUUGGUUGAUUUUUCAUUCUUUAAUGAUAUCGUUUGAUUGAUUCUUUUUGGUCUGAAA